AACGUCUUUAUCCGUUUAUCUAGUCUUGAAUUUUCCCACCUUACGGCCAACUUCAAGGUAGUGUGAAAUAAUCUGAAGUUAGCUAACGUCUGUAUCGUGUUUUCGGUCGUGUGUGUCAUCAAAAGUGUAAAACGUUCUUCAUAAGACUUUGGUAUGAUGGAGAAAUUAAGAAGAGCCCUCAGCGGCAAUGACCAAUGCGAUGAAGAGAGUGGUAUUAUAACACAGUCGGAUAUUGAUUUUGUGGUUAUGGAUUCAUCAACACUCAGCUGGUCAACCAGGAUAAAAGGCUUUGCGAUUUGUUUUGUUAUUGGAAUCCUUCUUUCAAUAUUGGGUUCAUUUGCUUUAUUCUUAAGACAAGGAUUAAAUGUCUUUGCUGUCUUUUACACAUUAGGAAAUAUUAUAGCACUAGCGAGCACAUGUUUCUUGAUGGGACCAGUUAAUCAAAUAAAGAAAAUGUUUGCUACAACAAGAAUAAUUGCGACAAUUCUUGUAUUAGUCUUUAUUGCACUGACAUUAUUUAGCGCCAUCAAGCUGAAAAAGGCUGGGUUGGCUCUCUUGUUUAUUAUUUUUCAGUCAUUAGCUAUGACAUGGUACUCCAUCUCCUAUAUUCCCUAUGCCCGAGAUGCUGUUAAAAAAACUGUUCAAACUUGCGUCAAGUAAGAAGCAUAUUUAAUUGAGGUUGGCAUCUUUAAAAUUUCCAUAAUGGUGAUCGAAACUGCAUUGAAUCUUGGACAAUUAAAUCCUUCACGAAGUAUAGAUAUAAUUCAAAAAGUUCUUUAACGUAUUAUCUGUGUAGAUCUUGCAUAGACGAGAUAAUUUCUUUGUUAUCAGCUUACAAAUUAAAACAUCUUCAAGAUCUACUUUUUUAGUUUCACCCAAAAACUGGGCCUUGAAUGAACGAUCUGAACACUGAAUGAAGAAUUCCAAAGUUCAAUGCAAACUGUCUAGUUGGUUCACAUUAGUAUGAUAAAUAUUUUUUUAUGCAAAUCGUAAUGUAAUUUUUUAUGAGAAAUUAUGGUAGUUAUGAUUCGCAUAUAAAACAUGACCAAUUUCCAACAUAUUAUUUUUGCUGUACAAAGUAUGUCACACAAAUGUAAGCACAAUUUCGUGUAUUUUUUUCUAUUUCACGUGAUAUGCUUUACGUUGUAAUUAGAUGACCUCAUAUAACGUUCAAGAAAGUGCCUUAUGGACAUUUGUAACAAUAUUUUUUUAAUUCAACUUAGUUUUGGUAAAUUUGAUUGACAAAUAUCUUUUGAAAAGUUGUACUAUAGAUCGUCUUGAUUGGAUUGAUGUUUUUCAUUAUGAGAAAUUAUUUAUUCAUAACUAUUUGAUGCAUUUGUUAAAAGAAUUCAACGCGCUUUUACACAUACUACUUCGACCUAAGGGUAUUUUUUUUCAUUGUAUAUGUAGCAAUGAAGAGAAGCUUAGUAUUGUAUGUUGAAACAUACACAAUUUAUACAGCUUAUACAUAAGCUUUUUCUUAUACGUAUUGCAAAUAACUUGUAUAGUACUUAUCUAUAAACAGUUUACAAUUGUGUUUAACCAUUUGUAAAACGUAAUAUUAACGUGAACCUGUUUGUUAUACAACAUUUAAUAUAUUUAUAACGACGAUAAAUAAAAUAGUUGACAAAA